AUGAGCAGGCUGGGGCUGCAGCGAGACCUGCAGGAGGCUGCCGCCCUGGAGCGGCGGCGGCAGCGGGAGCUGCAGCGGCAGAGCCGCAUCUUCAACGCGCGAGUCCGGACCAUAGGGGUUGAUAAAGAUGCAUUGGAUACCCAGGUCAAGGAUAGGAAAAUUCAAGAAGCAGCUGAAAAAGCACGAAAUGAAGAACUUGCUAAUGAAAUGAAGCAAAAUGACAAGAUCCUGUGUAUGUUAGAAGAACGACACAAAAAUGAUAUCAGAAACAUAAAUAAGGCUAUCAGUGAAUUUCAGAAGAAUUUUCAGAAGCCAGAAACAAGACGUGAAUUUGACCUGUCUGAUCCGGAAGCCCUAAAGAAGGAUAGACCUGCUCGACUUUCAGACAGUGAUCCUCGAUGUACUGUAUCUGGCUUGCAGAAGUUUAUGGGUGAAGACUUAAACUAUGAUCAGAGGAUGAAAUUUCAAAAGGAGCAGUUAAGAGAGUGGUCUCUUCAGCAACAGAGAGACUGGAAGAAUGCAUUAGCUGAUCAAAAAUUUGCAGAUGAUCUUUAUGACAAGAAUAGGAUUGAACUUGACCAAAAGACUAUGGAGCGACAACGAAAAGAAGAAGAAAACAGGCGUGCUGUUUGUGCAGCUACUAAAGAUUUCAAUAGAACCCAGGCUGCUGAACUAGCUGAGAGAAAGAAGUUGGAAAAGUAUCAAAAAAUGAAAGAUGACAUGGAUGAAAUUUCCAGCCUCCUUCAAGGAGACUUACUUUCUGAAAACCCUGAACAAGCAGUCAGUUCCUUUGGUAGACAUCGUGUGAUCACAGAUCGAUGGAAGGGAAUGAAUCAAGAUCAGCUGAUGGCAAUCCGUUACUCUCAACAGCAACAAGUUCUGGAGAAACUGAGACUAAAAGAGGAAGAACGCCGAACAGAUGCUGAAUGGGACAGGCAAAGUAUACAGGCUGCGAGAGCGCAGUUGGUUUUAGAGCGGCAUCAACAACGACAGAAUCGGGAACGCCGUCGAGCUGUAGAUAAUGUAAACGCAGAGCUAUCUCAGGAGCAGAAAUCAAAGAACAUUUAUCUUAAAGAAGAAGCAUAUUCAAAUUUUCCAACAGGCCAGUAUUACGCACAGUUUAAUACAACCAGCCGAUGACAUUUUGGAUAAAUCAACCUGAAAUAUACAGAAAAUUGACCUAGCAAUGGAAGAAUCAGUCAAUGAUAUUUGAAAAAUGGGCAAGUGAAACACAUGGGAAGAAAAUACAGAGAAGCAAUGUAAGCAACUAACUGCACAAGAGAAAUGGAUGAUGGAGAUAACCAGAAAAUGAAAUCCAGAAGGGAAAGAGAUGACAUACAGAGGACUGGGAAAAGGGUUAGAAGACUUAAUGAUCUAAAACAGAAGAAAGAAUGAGAGAGAGAUGAGAGAUUCAGCUAAACAUCCAAGACCUCUAAGACUGUGAACCCUCAAUAAAAAUAGAGAGGCCAUUUAUGAGAAUAGAUCUUGAAAUAAGUAUGUGUAGCUGGCCAGAAUCUGGAAUGUAAACUUGGGGUAAAAACGUCCUGAUAAUACUGGCAUGGAGUCUGCUGCUUGUU